AUGUCUUUUCGUCUAAAUUUUCAACCAAUUCUGACAUUAAUAUAUAACCCAAAAUGCAGUAAAUCAAACAAAGCUUUACAAAUAUUGAACGAAACACUUGAGAAAGAGCCUGAUAUUUUUAAACUUGAUGUCUUGGAUUAUCAAAAACAACCUUUAACAAACGACCAACUUCGAUCCAUUGUUGAUUAUUUAGGUAUAAAAGAUAAUAAUGGUUUCAGUAGUAUUCUAAGAAGCGAUGACGCAAGUGGAAAUGUUAAUAACAAUAUUUCUCAGAAGGAAGGAAAAGGAAAUACAUCUGCAACUGCUACUAAUAAUACUGCUGAAUCUCCAAAUAUUCCUCUUCCUAGCACAACACAAGAAUUACUUGAAAUUGUCAAACAACAACCUAUAAGAUUACAAAGACCUAUUUUAGUUGAUUGGAAUAAAGGCAAGGCUAUUAUUGCUCGUCCACCAGAAAAGAUUACUGAUUUUUUAUAUGAAUUAGAUACACAAAAUCCACUUGAACUCCUUCGUGAAUAUAAUUUACAUAAAAAACCUAUUCAACUUCUUGAUUCAAACCAUAUAACUACAACUUUUAUGAAUUUUGCCUCAGCAGAAUAUUAUAAACUUGACAUCCUUUAUCAUGGUCUAACCACUAAAAAUAUCAAUUUGACAAUUACAAUGAAGACAUAUUCAGAAUUCAACUUUCAAGUUGAUAAAUUCCUAAGAAUGGCUGGUGAAGUCUUUUUAAAAGGAAAAAGUCACGAUAUAAGUUUACAUGACAAUAGAAACUCACAUUCUAUUCCUAGAGCAGCAAAUCGUUUUAUGCAAAAAUCCUUUGAUAAAAAUUUAUUAGUUCCAUUGAUACUUGUUCCAUCUGCUCCCAAUCAUCCACAAUUUUAUUUAGAAUUAUUAAAUUCACUCGACACCAAUCCCGCUAGUGGUAGUGAUACUACUAGCAACAAUACAUGUAAAGUAUUAUUUAUGAAGUAUGAUCAACUUCGAUUAGAAAGGAUUGUCGGUAGUGAUCGUAUAAACCGAAUGAUUUCUUCUACUACUUCUG